AUGGACGACUGCGAGAAUCGGCUGCCACGGCUCAGUAUCGCGUUGGAAUAUUCGGAGAAGGAGACCACGCUCAAUUUUUACAUUAAAAAAGUAGUCGAUGCUCCACUCGUCACAUAUACGCAUGAACUUGUCUCCAAAGCUCGGAUCUACGUCGUUAAAGGUGUUGGUCGUCGGACGUGGAUGGGUCGGCAUCGGACAAUUACUGAAGAGGAAAUCCUGGGCACAAAGCCAACGACCUGGGAGACUUUGACGGUACGCCGGUGCGAGACCACCAUUUUUAACGAAUUCUUCUCGUGCCCCCUCGACGCGACGCUUUUUCAUAGGACCAUGUUACGGAUACAACUCUGUGAUGUGGACACGACAGCUGAUGAGGGGGGCUCGGCGGAAGAGAAUUCACAGAAAUCGGUCGUCGUCGCCGAAACGGAUUUCUGGGUGGAUUCCAGCCCCAUUUUGCAGUUUGUCGAAUUCGAGAUCCCGAUGCAGUUGGCCAACCCGGAUCUCGGGGAGCUCGAAUUCGGACUUACCUAUCUUCUGACAGCCGAGCGGGUUGUCGUGACGAAUUGUGUGGGCACUAAUCUGCGGCUAAAAGAUGAAUCUUGCGUACUCUUCCUCGAGGCCACGCUGUACGUCAAGGGCAAAUUACGUGAACGUCAUCGCUCAGAGAGGCGCGACGCGGACUUUGAGCAAGAGUGGACGACGCGGCUGUUGUUUGACGUGCCGCGGAAAGAUGUGUUCGACUCGAUACUGCUGAUAUCGUUGUACGAAAUGGAUGGCAGCCAGAGAUGCCAGAAAAUAGGCCGCGUGGGCGUGUCGUUCUGCUCUCCAUCCACCGACCAUUCCCAUUGGCAUGCGAUGCUGAGAAAUUCGAGGACACGCGCCACGCAAAUUCACAAACUAGCGCCGGCCAUU